CCGCCCGGGACCGCAGACGGCGCCCGGCGGCGGCGCGAACGGCAGCGCGGAGGGUGGCUCCGGGCUCGGUGCUCGCCGCGACUUCCCGCGCAGGGCCGAGCUGGACAAGGACCCUCUGCCUCGCUGGCGCUGGAGAAUGCGGCCGCGGUCCCAGGCAGCAGCAGCGGGAAGCCCAGUGCUGUGCAGGUCAGCAGUGGAGUAGUUGGGGCCCUGGAGGGCUUGAAGCCUUCACAGUGAUGGCGGAGAAGCGGCCACUGGGGACCCUGGGGCCUGUGAUGUAUGGCAAGCUGCCCCGCCUAGAGGCAGACUCUGGGCCCGGGCACAGCCUGCCCCCCUCUUCUGGUAACCAGGACCCCUGCAGCUACAAGGGUGCCUACUUCUCCUGCCCCAUGGGGGGUCCACCCAAGGCAGGGUCUGAGCGGUUGGCAUCCUGGACCCCGUACCCACCCUUGUACCCUACCAGCGUGGCAGGACCCCCACUUCGGCCAGACAACCUGCUGACCAGCUGCCUGCUCUACCGCCCACCCACAGAAAGCUCCGAGAAAGUACAGGAUUCUGGCCCCGUGGAGCUCCUGCCCUUCAGUCCGCAGGCUCAUUCCUACCCAGGCCCACCAUUGGCGGCACCCAAGCCUGUCUACCGCAACCCUCUGUGUUAUGGGCUCUCCACGUGCUUGGGGGAGGGGGCAGCGAAGAGACCACUGGAUGUGGAUUGGACACUGGUGACUGGAUCCCUAUUACCCCCAGCUGACCCAUCUUGUUCUCUGCCCCCAGCUCCUGGCAAGGGCCCGUCCCUCGAUGGCACCUUCUUGCGUGGGGUGUCUGCUGGGGCAUCUGGCAAAGACUCCACAGUGAGCUUCUCCCCAUGCCAGGCAUUCUUGGAGAAGUAUCGCACCAUCCACAGCACGGGCUUCCUGGCCUCCAAGUAUGCAGGCCCUUACUCUGGGGACCCCAAGCAGGCAUUGUCCGAGGGACCUUCCAGUCCUUGGACCCAGCUGGCUCAACCCCUGGGACCAGCCUGCCAGGAUGCAGUGCCUACCCACUAUCCACUGCCCCACCCCACACAGGCCCUGCCUUGCCCAACAGCCUGUCACCACCCAGAGAAGCAGGGCGGCUAUGGCUCGGUGCUUGCACUACAGCCGCUGGGAGCCCCCAAGAUGGCCGGGUACCCGGCUGGUGGGCUAAGCAGCCCCUACCUGAGGCAGCAGGCAGCUCAGGCACCCUAUAUGCCCCCAGUGGGGUUGGAUACUUAUUCCUACCCAUCUGCCCCCCUCCCAGCCCCCUCUCCAGGCCUCAAGCUGGAGCCACCUCUUGCCCCACGCUGCCCACUGGACUUUGCUCCCCAACCGCUGGGCUUUCCUUAUCCCCGGGAUGAUCUUGCUCUCUAUGGAGUAUCCCCAAGGCUUGGAGGGACACCGCCUUCCCAAAGCAGUGUGCAGCCUGUGCCACAGCCUGGUGCCUUCCAGCGGGCCUGCCAGCCUCUACCUGCCAGCCAGCCAUGCUCAGAGCCUGCGAGGCCUGCAGAGAAGCCGGGGCAGGAGGCCGAUGAGAAAAUGUGGCUGCCCAGCUGCAGGAAAGAGCCAGUCCAGCCCCAGAUCGACGAGCACCCUGGGGCACCCAUCGUCAUUGGAGACAGUCCAGUUCCCCGCACCCCACCGGCACUCCCACCCUGUGCCCAAGAGCGCCCAUCUCUUCCGCCAAACGAGGGCACGCUGCCACCCAGCUCUCCACCCAUGCCCAUCAUCGACAAUGUCUUCAGCCUGGCCCCCUACCGUGACUAUCUGGAUGCACAGGCACCCGAGGCCACAGCUGAGCCUGACCCUGCUCCAGCCCCUAGUGAGAGCCAGGACAGAGACUGCAGGGGGUCCCUGCCUGCCCAGGAAGCCCCCUCGAGGGUGCACUCCUCACUUAAGGAGGAGGUGGCACUGGACUUGAGUGUGAAGAAGGCUGCGGCAGAGGCUCUGCCUAUCAAGGUCCCUUGUCCCGCAGGGCAUGUCAAGCCCACCGCAGCCGUGGAUGUGCCGGGCGUGGGAAACACAGUGUCAGAUGUGCCCAAUGUGGGGGACACGGUCUCAGAUCUGCAGAGCCUGAAAAAGAUGGUCACAGAGGUCCCUGAGGUGCCCCAGGUACCAGUGGCCACAGAGGCCACACCAAGGACCAACUUCCACAGCUCCGUGGCCUUCAUGUUCCGAAAAUUCAAGAUCCUCCGUCCAGCACCCUUGCCUGCAGCCAUGGUCCCAGCUGUGGUCCCAGCCGUGCCCACCUCAGCCCCUACCCCUGCCCAGCCUGCACCCCCUCACACACCCGUGCCUGCUGGACUGAAGAUUCUUAGCCAGCCCUUGCCCAUGGCCUGCUUCAACCUGGCACUGCCCAGCCCUCCAGCUGUAGCCGUGGCCUCCCCUGCCUCAGCCCCUGCUCCGGCUCCGUCCCCUGCACCAGCACCGGCUCUGACUCCAGCUUCUGUUCCUGCUCCUGCUCCAGUUACAGGCCCUGAUCCCGCUUCUCCGACCACAGCAGACGCCCAGGAGCAACAGUUUGCUGGACUGCAUGCGUCCCUGUGUGACGCCAUCUCUGGCUCCGUGGCCCACUCCCCACCGGAGAAGCUGCGCGAGUGGCUUGAGACGUCUGGGCCUGCAGGCCAGGCGGCGUGGCAGGACUGCCAGGGUGUGCAGGGGCUGCUGGGCAAGCUGCUGUCCCAGCUGCAGAGCUUCGUGUGCACGCAGCAGUGCCCUUUCCCCCACGUGGUGCGGGCCGGGGCCAUCUUUGUGCCCAUCCAUCUGGUGAAGGAGCGGCUCUUCCCGCGGCUGCCGCCCGCUUCUGUGGACCAUGUGCUGCAGGAGCAUCGCGUGGAGCUGCGGCCCACCACGCUGUCGGAGGAGCGCGCCCUGCGGGAGCGUGCCCUGCGUGGCUGCACCUCGCGCAUGCUGAAGCUGCUGGCACUGCGCCAGCUGCCUGACAUCUACCCCGACCUGCUGGGCUUGCAGUGGCGGGACUGUGUACGCCGCCAGCUGGGUGACUUUGACACCGAGGCCAGAUCUGUGCCCUCAGAGCCCACCAGAGCCAGAGAGGAGCCGGAGAGCCUUGCCCUGGCUUGGAAGUCGCCUGCCCCCAAGGCCAAAAAGCCGGGGAGGAAGCCACCAACCCCUGGCCCAGAGAAAGCAGAGGCAGCUGCUGGGGGAUGGUCUCAGGGCACCUCACCCACCCCUGCUGCCAGCACCAGCCCACCUGGCCCGAGCAUGCGGGCACGCUUCCGCAGCCUGCUGGAAUCUGCCUGGCUCAACGGCCUGGCACUGCCCACUUGGGGCCACAAGCCCUCGGGACCAGACCGGACUGUGCCACGCCCGCAGCUACUGGGCGGCCAGAGCCACCAUCUGUAGUGGUGGUCACUGCUGCUGUUUGGAGAUCUGGGAGUAUUGGCCACCUCCCUCUGUCAGCCCAGCUGCUGAGGGCCAGGAGUGGACAUGGCCUCGCAGUUUCUCUCCUCUCUCCCUGCCCUCACCUCCCACCCCAGGUGGUGCCGAGAGCCCCUGAACUUUUCACUUGAGGGCCUUUAUCAGAACGGACUGCUUCCUAUUUCUUGGGAGAAACCGUGUGGGCUUUGGAGCCCGACAGACUUGGGCUUGAAUCCUGGCUCCUGUGUUCCUUGCUGUGUAACCGGUGGGCCACUUCCUCUCCGGGCCCUCAGUUCCCCAUUUGUAAAAUAGAACAACACAGCCUACCUCA